GCUUAUAGUCGGAGGUUUACGGUAAUUCUAUAUGUCGUUGCAGGAUUCAUGCGGCAAAGUACACUUUGUCGAGACCAAUGAUCGAGUUAGGUCGUUACACAAUGCUGAAAGUUGGUCAUAAGAGUGCUCCAAAAGAUCCUAAGAGGUUUGUAAAUACCCCGGUAUAUGGAGCUAUAAGUGAUGUGAAAUAUAUAUAUUCAAAAUAAACUAACAAAGUAAAUACAACCUCACUCUGAAGGCUUUACACGACGCCUGCUUCGUCCCCAGGCGCUAAUAAAAAAUUUCAUGCGAGUCACUAUAUGAACGGUUUACAUGAAGUAGUGCAUCGCGACGAACAAGCGCAGGGACGCUGAUAUCCCACUCCCCUUUGCGCGCCUAUAAUGUGACGCACUACUUCAUGUAAACCUUUCAUAUAGUGACUCGUUCAGUGACCCCUACUAGUUCAGUUUAAUUUUAGGUUUCCUCUCGAACACUGGAUCAAUGAGGUCGGAUGUUCUCACUGGACCUCUAGAAAGAACAGUUUAGAUACGAAUAUAGAAUUAUCCAGUAUAGAGUAAAAUGUGUGUCCCUCCAAAGGAAAGGCGUGGUAAUGGGUUAAAAUUCAUUUAGGCAUAAAAAACUGCGGAGUUCAGCGAAGAGGAUGACGACAGAUGGAUUAAACUCCCUUCGAUACGACGUCAUCAAGUCCGUCAAGACAGCCGAAUAUCAACUGUACACGAAUAUUACAGUAAACAUUGGCGCGGUCUGAUUAUCUUGUGGUAGUUGACAAGAUGUCCUAUACAAUCCUGGACAAAACAUCUGCGACACUUCCAAUAGGCAAUUCCAGCUAUGGACUAAAUUUUGAUCUAGGCAAGAAGAAAAGAAUCCAUCACCACACCUACAAAGUGCAUAUUAAAAUUAGUAAUGCAAAGUUUGGUUGCGAAAUGUUGUAAAAUGCGGAAAAUAUAGCCCUGUGAAAUUUGCAAAUUCUGUAUUAAUUUGUAUUACGCGCGGGAAAAUGCAUCACAUUUGGGCCCGAAAGUGAAACGGCUAGCCGCCAUUUUGUAAAUUUCGGUUUUGUUCACUGGUUUUGUUAUAUUCACUUGUAGGUGAAUAUAACAGCUUAAUACGUCAAAUUUGACCAAUCAACUUGUGCAGGAUUUGUCAUGUUCACUUGUGCAAAAAUACUAAACGUUAAUAUUGAAUAAUACUAUUGAUAAAAACCAUUAAAUAACUAAAUAAUAACGUGAUUUUUACACACUUUAUUCAACCCGCGACUCAAUAAAAUACACGGUUUGGAGCUUUUUUACAACCCGCGACUUUUUACCCGCGACACGCGACCAUUAGUCAAACUCAGGGUGAACAUAUAAGAAUAUAUAUAACCUUUUGUACGGUUAAAAUGGUACACCGUGGAAUAUUUUAAAUUAUUAUACAUUUAAUAUCUAUUCUCGUUUCUAAUUGGUCAGAAAGCACCGGCUAAUUUUCAGUAUUCGGCAUUUAUUACGUAUUUUCCGCCGAUGACGUCAUCAGCGUCCAAUAAUUGUUUUUUUGGAUCGAACUUGCAUCCAAAAAAAAAAAUAUUGGACUCUCCCAUGCCCAAGCCCUUGCGCGGACAAAAGCUUGAACCUAUAAGCGCGCGAAAAAAAACCAACAAACAAUGGCCUACAGCAGAUCAACCUCGUUCCCAGGGUCUCUGGGUACGAGGUUGACAGCAGAUUUGCUUCCCUGAAUGAAAGUGAACUCUCCAAAUUAUUGGCAGAUAAGGAUAGUGAAAGCACGAAAAAAGCCACAAAGGGGUAAAUAGAAGUAGAAAUAGAAUAUUUAGCUGACCUUUGACUUUGUGCAAGGUGUUUGAUAUUCAAAUUGUACUUUUCCUACCUCAUGAACAGGAAUCGUUUUAUACGUUUCUCAUGUCUUUUAAUAAAGUACUGUUUAAUAAACGAGCAGGAGUGUUUUAUUAGGUUUAAAGAUACGAGCGCGCAGCGCGAGUGGCUUUAGACCUAAUAAAACACGACCUGCGAGUUUAUUAAACGGCUUCAAACACGACAAUACAAAUUCAAUAGAUAUACCGCCUUAUUAGUAUUCUUUAUAUAAAAAAUACUAAUGAGGACACGAC